AUGAACCGAACUGAUAAGACAGAUUACUCGCGCUGGCGGAUGCUGGACGAGGAUGGAAAGCACACAUGGCAUUAUCUCGACGACGAUGAAGCCGUUCGGGAAUGGCCCCAAACACUCUCGGAUAAGUAUUAUUUAGGGCUUCCUCUGGGUCUCCCAGACCUUCCUCCUGCCACUUCACCAUUAGAAAGUGCGAUGAAUGGCCUGAAAUUCUUCUCGAAACUACAGCUUCCACCCGGGAAUUGGGGAUGCGAAUAUGGAGGACCCAUGCUUUUGCUUCCCGGGGUGGUGAUCGCGUGGGUGGUGACUGACACACCCAUUCCGCCCGCCUAUGCGACAGAGAUCAAAAACUAUCUGAUUGCGCACGCGAACCCGGUCGAUGGAGGAUGGGGUCUACAUUCAGAAGGUGACAGCACUGUGUUUGGCACAUCCCUGAACUACACCGUGUUGCGACUUCUCGGGGUGGACAGCGAGCACCCGGUCAUGGUGCAGGCGCGAGGUCUUCUCCACCGGCUCGGAGGCGCCCUGAACGCGCCGCACUGGUCGAAGUUCUGGCUAGCGGUUCUAGGGGUGUGUGACUGGGAGAUCGUUAAUCCUGUUCCUCCAGAGGCAUGGCUGCUGCCAGAUUGGAUGCCAAUAGCCCCAUGGAGAUGGUGGGUGCAUAUCCGACAGGUGUCUCUGCCUAUGUCGUGGAUCUGGUCCAAACGGUGGACGGCCGCAGAAACGGACGUUGUGAGGGCCCUCCGACGGGAGCUGUUUGUCCAGGCGUGGGAGAGCAUUGAGUGGGCGGCACACCGCAAUGACAUCUCCCCGACCGAUAAUUACCAUCCCAAGUCGUGGGUGUUGAACUCAGUCAAUUGGUUCCUGUCGAAUAUCUGGACCCCGCACCUUCGGCCGAGAAGGCUGGCUACACGGGCGGAAGACUGGGUUAGUAAAUUGGUUGACAUGGAGGAUGCCAACUCAGAUUAUGCUGAUUUGGCAUCUGUUAAUGGACCUAUGAAUCUGAUCGUUUGCUAUAUCCGCGAUGGGCCCGAUUCGUAUUCUGUGAAUAAAGAGGGAAUGUUGGUUAAUGGGACGAAUGGUGUACAAUGCUGGGACACAGCGUUUCUGAUUCAGGCUGUGUGGUCGGCUGGUCUAGCUGAAGACGCGCAGUGCAAGCCUAUGCUGAUGCAGGCGCUGGAAUUCCUGGAUCGACAGCAGAUCCGCGAGCAUUGUCAGGAUCAGAGCGUUUGUUAUCGUCAUUUCCGCAAGGGGGCCUGGGCUUUCAGCAAUCGCGACCAGGGAUACGGGGUCAGUGACUGUAUUUCAGAGGCACUGAAGGCUGUUAUUGUGCUUCAAAAAGAGACCGAUGGAUAUCCACAUCUGCUUGAAGACCAAAGGAUCUUUGAUGCUGUGGACACCUUGCUUACUUACCAAAAUCCCUCGGGCGGUUGUGCGUCUUAUGAGCCAACUAGGGGAGGUGAAUACCUGGAAAUAUUGAAUACAGCAGAGGUCUUUGGACGUAUUAUGGUCGAAUAUGAUUAUCCCGAGUGCACAAGCGCCGUGCUGACAGCUUUGGUAUUGUUCUCCAAGCACUGGCCUGACUAUCGGCGAGGAGAACUCCAGUCAUUUAUCAAGCGGGGCGUGAAUUAUAUCAAGAGGGUGCAGCGCCCUGACGGGAGCUGGUAUGGUAGCUGGGGAGUAUGUUUUACCUACGGCACGAUGUUUGCCUUGGAAUGCCUGGGAUCGAUUGGGGAGACUUAUGAAAACAGUGACUAUGUCCGCAAGGGGUGCCAGUUCCUGCUCUCCAAACAACGCGAGGACGGUGGAUGGUCAGAAAGCUUUCAGAGCUGUGAACAGAUGAUGUAUAUCGAGCAUCCCAUGGGAUCUCAAGUUGUUCAAACCGCAUUCGCUGUCAUCGCACUCCUGAGUGUUGACUACCCUGAUGUUGAGCCUAUCCGCCGUGGAGUGCGCUUGAUUAUGUCCAGACAGCAGCGAAACGGGGAAUGGCUCCAGGAGUCUAUCGAAGGCAUCUUCAGCAAGAGCUGUGCUAUCACAUAUCCGAAUUACAAAUUCAUCUUCACGACCCUUGCACUAGGCAAAUUUGGGAGAAAGUACCCCCAUCUCAAGUAG